AGUUCCUCUGUUUCUAUUCCAAAAUCCAAAACAGAGAGCAAAACACAGAAUAAAAGCACACUCGAGAGAGAGAGAAGACGAAGAAAACCGCUAUUCUUUUCCCCCGCGAAACUUCCAGAUAGGUUUUUCAAAUUGAGGAGUUUGUGACAAGCAGCGCCAUGACCUCCUCGGUACAUGAUCUUUCAGAUAAUAGCGAGAAUGAACAGCAACAAAAGCAGUCAGAGCUGCGAACCCAGUUUUCAUCCCCUGCAGAUGGAUUGUCCCUCCGUGGCACUGUGCCACCAAACAUGCACUACUUGAUGCCUUUCCAAUUCGGAGAUGCAAAUGCUAUGGCGCAAACAGCUUAUCCUUAUCCAGACCCUUACUACAGGAGCAUCUUUGCACCCUAUGACGUGCAGCCUUACCCUGCACAACCUUAUCCAGCACAGUCAACAGUUCAACUUCAAUUGAUGGGAAUUCAGCAAGUUGGUAUUCCUCUGCCAUCAGAUACCGUAGAAGAACCUGUUUUUGUCAAUGCAAAACAGUAUCAUGGCAUCUUGAGGCGUCGACAAUCUCGUGCAAAAGCUGAAUCAGAAAAUAAACUUCUAAAAGCUAGGAAGCCCUACUUGCAUGAAUCUCGGCAUUUACAUGCACUAAAAAGAGCUAGAGGAUGUGGUGGUCGUUUUCAGUCAAAGAAGAACGAUGAGUAUGGUGAUAAGUCACAGGCAACUGUUAAUAUCGACUCCAACAAAAUCGAGGUUACUUCUUCAGAAAAUGCCUCUUGAAUCGAGAAGUUCGUGGGACCAGACACUGGAAGAACUGUUUAAAUUCAUUGACAGCUUAAAACUAUGAUAGUUGGGUAAGUUCAGGCAGGGUCUGGUGUUCUGUAGCAUUAUCUGAGUAUGAAAUUUUCAGUAGUAGGCUGCUUCUCAAGGAGUUGCAAAAAUGGCAGCUGUGCAUGUAUUUUCGAGAUGCUGUCUAAAUCUUCUCUUUUGAAUGUUCUUUUAUUUUCUUUUUCUUCUGUAAUUAAUUUUAGCCGUUCCUUGCGCUGGAACUUUGGUAGAUUUGUCAGAAGGUAAAGGUUCGUUAGCUGUAACAUGUGUAAGAAUACGUUCUUUUAGUUUAGGAAGAUAAGCUAACGCAGUGCAGGGCAAUUACAUUCUCUUUGUCAGUGUCUUGGUAAUAAAGGAAUGUUUCCUGUGU